GAAUGGAACAAGUGUAAUGCUUGAUAAGACCAGCGAUGGACUGUCGCGAUAGUGCGUGCGAUCGCUUUUGACAGUUCCGUGUUUCGUAACGUGCGGGAAUCGAAUCGGAAUCGCGAUCGCGGUGAUAAAAAUACGAUGAUCGAGGCUCUAAUCCGGGAUUUAUAGAUAGCGAAUCUGUGCGUAUAUCGAAAGACGAGCUGUGCGCGAGGUGUAUACGUGAGCGCAUCGGUGCUCGCUUACGGCUUACGUGUCCAAGAUUCCUCAUUCCUGUGUGUGCGUACACAAACACACACGCGCGCACAUAUACGGCGAGUACAAUAUCCUUAAAUUUCGACCGACUCCGCCCGCCGCCAGCCGCCAGCCGGAGCAAGGACAAAGGACGGUGACGUCGGUGUCGCCCUGUCGCCCUGUCGCCGCGGCAACAAGCAACAACUGCAAGCAUCCCUCGACUCUCCUUAUCAAAAGCGUGUCUCUCUUCUUCCUAUUAUCCUUUUCUCUUUCUUUUCCGCGCACUUUAUAUAGCGCGUCGUGCAUCUCGCGUAUAUAAGCUAUAUUGCACACGUAUAAAUCCUCUCUUCCUGUGCUUUGUGCGCAAUCUUUCGCUUCCUCUAAUUUCCUUUUACAUCGUCCUCUCACUCCCUCUAAUAAGAAGCUUCAUAUCGCUUGCUCUAGCAAGUUUCGUAUACAUAUAUUGCCUUUUGCAUAUUAUUCACGAGUUAAAUACGCGUUGCGUGCAGCACAACGAACGCCUUUUCUCUCUCUCUCUCUCUCUCUCUUUUCCUGUAUCCUCCCCUCCUCUCUCGCGUCUGGACGUAGCACUCCGUCUCGCUACUCGCUACUCGCCGCUACAGUGCGAAAUAUCGUAUAGCGAGCGCCCUCUCGCCCCCUCCAGCAGUAGCGGUUCGUCGUCUCCCGUCACCCGUCACCCGUCACCCGUUUCCCGUCGUCGUCUCGGCGAAGAAUGGAGGCGAUCGCGAAGCACGACUUUACGGCUACCGCCGAGGACGAGCUCAGCUUCCGCAGGAGUCAGGUCCUGAAGAUUCUGAAUAUGGAGGAUGACAUGAAUUGGUAUAGAGCUGAAUUAGAUUCUAGAGAAGGGCUUAUACCAAGUAAUUAUAUCGAGAUGAAGAGCCAUGAUUGGUACUAUGGAAGGAUAACCAGAGCAGACGCUGAAAGAUUAUUAUCGAACAAACAUGAAGGUGCCUUUCUGAUCAGAAUCAGUGAAAGCUCUCCUGGUGAUUUCUCCCUAUCUGUAAAAUGCUCCGAUGGUGUGCAGCACUUUAAAGUGUUAAGAGACGCACAGGGCAAGUUCUUUCUAUGGGUUGUCAAGUUUAAUAGCCUCAAUGAACUGGUAGAGUACCAUCGCACGGCAUCUGUUUCUCGCUCGCAAGACGUUAAGCUGCGUGAUAUGAUUCCAGAGGAGUGUCACCGCGUAAAACGAUUGUGUCAUGGCUUUCAGUGUCUGGUGCAAGCGCUCUACGAUUUCACGCCACAGGAGCCGGGCGAGUUAGAGUUCCGACGAGGGGACGUAAUCACUGUCACAGACCGCACAGAUCAACACUGGUGGCACGGAGAGAUCGGUAAUAGACGGGGAUUGUUUCCGUCUACCUAUGUUACGCCAUACCACUCCUAGGCCUUAUACGGCCGAAUGCACAGAGGCCGUUAUUGGGAACAGCGGCCGUCUUAUCCCACCACUAUCACUUACAGAAUCCGAAUCGCUGCGGAUUUGAUAAACAAUAUUUUGCAAACCUCACCUAUCGAAUGGGCCGCUAAAGUGUAUUGGUGGUCUCGUCGAAAAGUCUUCUGAGUAUAAACACGAUUAAAAGUGAUCAUAUAUUCCAACAUCAAGAUGGUAUUGCAGAAGAAUAGUUAUCGCGUUUAUUUGGAGGAAGAGAGAAAAAAGAAACAAUAUACUACAUCGAAACGUCCGAGCACGAAGAUACAACAUCUAGGAUCUAAAGACGAUUUAAAUAUUUAAAGAUAUCCGACGAUAUCCGAAGAUCCAAGGAUAUAUGAAUGCGUUUACGAAUAUCUAGGGAUCUAAAGAUGCCUAAAAGAUGCCUAAGGAUCUAAAGAUUUAAGCAUUUAUAAAAUUCUAACAAAAAAUCUAUAAUGAUCCUUUAUCUAAGAGUUAUCUAAGUAUCUAUGUAUGUCUCCAAGGAUCUAAGGGUCUCUAGAGCGCGAUCUCCACCUAUGGCGGAGUUGCGUUCGUGAAUAAUCGCAUAUGUACAUUUUUGUUUUACCUUUUCUUUUUUUUCCUUUUUUUUUUAUAAGCCUUCUUUUUGAUGAUUCUACGUUUUCCUUACUUACGGCGUAAAGCACAAAAGUUCGUAGCAUUAUUGUGUAAUUAUUAUUAUCUUUUAUGGUUAUUAUUAUAAUUAUGACUAUUAAUGUGUUAUGUUACAUUUUAUUGAUAACAAUAUAUUAUAUUAAUUAUGGCCGCGUGUGCUUUGUUUACUUGUGCCCAAACGGUACCGAUUAUAAUCCUUCGAAUAACAGCGUCGCGAGAUAACAUGCUAUUAUACCGGUAGCAUUUAUCUCGUAACGAGUAUAAUGAGUGACCAGUCGGUCUGCCCAUUUACUACAUGCUAUAGCGAGUAUGCCAUUCGAGAGACUUCCUGCUGUCGUAUGCUUUUAGCUUUAUCAACCGACCGCGAUAAAUCCUAGAAACGGAAAUUCACGUUUCACGAUCAAUAUCUUCAUUGCGCUGGUUUUUUAAUAACAAAUGCUCGACGUUUGUCCCAUAUAAUUAGAGAAAUAAAGGCACUAGAAUAUUUUUAAUAUUAGAAAUUCGAAUCUAGUAGGGAUUAUGUAGUAAAAUUUAAAUUGGGGAAUUUCAAAAGUCUCGAUGUUUACAGAACAAUCCAAGCACGUCUUGUGACUUAAUGUCAUACCCUUUUGAAUCAAGAGAUUCAAAUUUGCGACGAUUGAUUAUUUAACUACGUUAGUAGACUGCUGAUGAAUUACAUAAAUACAACUUUGACUUAAAUUGUGUGCAAAUUAAAGAAUAUUAUUAAUAAGAAAAAAAUAGAUAAGAGAAAAAAACAAUAUAAUAUAAUAAUUCAAACAUAUUUCUUGACCAAAUGCAAUUAGACUCGAAAAGAUCUAUGUAUCUACUAUUAGUAGAACGAAUCACCUAAUGAAUUAUAUCUAAUGUGAUUAUUUAUUAAUCGAUGAAUUAAUCAAAUUAAAAUUGCUCCAAGAAAAAACUCUGCUACCGAUAUAUCCUUACUUUAAAAUACACUGUAAAGCAUAAUACUUUUGGACCAAGCAAUGUAUAAUAAUAAUAAUAAUAAUAAUAAUAAAUAACAAAACAAAUGUUUACCCAAGUCUGGCGAUCGUGAAUAAAUCGUCGCGAGUCGCUUUCUCUUUUGUACGAUUGCUGUUUCUAUUGCUAAUUAACUUAAGCUAUAUGUCUUAAUAUCGACUAUAAAUGUGAGCUGAUAAACUGUGCAAGCAUUUUACGCAUGUAAUCGCCGUGCAACAUAAGUGCAUUAAAAUAUGAAACUUACAGAGAAGAUAAGGGAAAACGCGGCGUAUACGUAAAUAUGAGAAUCAAUUAUUCACUGCUGAUUGUAUGUUUAACACUUGGUGCCACAGUUUCUUACACAUAGCAAUAACAUGAUAUAAUAUAAUUGUAGUUAUUAUUAGCGCGAUGAUAUAACAGAACAGGUAGAAGAGGACGCCAUUAUAAAAUGCUGGUACAAUAAAUGGCAAAUUU